GGCGUAGCCAGCGCAUCGUGUUUGACGGAGUUACAUCAGAAAGCUGUGAUGUGCGCUUCGGGGUCCCACAAGGGAGUUGCCUUGGUCCGCUUCUCUUUGUUAUGUACGCUUCAAAGCUUUUUGAGAUUGUCCAAGCACACCUCCCUGAUGCCCAUGGUUUUGCCGAUGAUACGCAAUUAUACCUGUCAUUCAAUCCUAACAAUCCCGCUCAUCAAACGGAGGCGGUGUCUGCCAUGGAGGGAUGUAUUAGUGACUUGAGGAAAUGGAUGUAUCAGGACAAGCUAAAGUUAAAUGACGAUAAAACUGAAUUUCUUAUUAUCGGAUCUAGACAACAGAUUUUGAAAGUUAACCCUUGUACGAUUCGCGUUGGCAAUACCGAGAUCACGCCAGUUUCGGAAGCGCGUAAUCUGGGCUCUUGGUUUGAUUCAAAUUUAUCCAUGUCCACCCAUAUUUCUAAGUCUUGUGGUGCUACAUUUUGCUGGCUACAUAAAAUCAAGCGCAUAAGUAAAUUCCUUGCAAAGGAUCAAUUAGAAAUGAUCUUGCAUGCCUUUGUUACAAGUAGAAUUGACUAUUGCAACGGACUUCUCUAUGGAUUGCCGGACUGUGACAUAGUUAAAUUACAGCGAGUUCAGAACGCUGCGGAAUUACAGCGAGUUCAGAACGUUUUUUUAAUUCAAUCAUAUUACGCCUGUUUUACAGGAACUACACUGGUUGCCAGUUAG